AUGGAUGGUGAUAAAAGUGAUAUUGUGGUGAGGGUGGUAUGUGAUGGUCAUUUCUAGCCACAUCUUACAUGCAAUGUUACAACUUUAAGACCACUAGAACGUUUGCCUUUGUUUUUGUUUCAGUUGUCAUACGUAAAAAACGCUCCCAAAGCCCAAAAAUUGCGUCAAAUAACAAAAUGGGCGGACAUCAAUAAUGUAGCAGAUGACAAUAAUCCCAAUCAUGCUGAUCAAACAGUACUGUUUACUACGUAAGCAUAUUUAUUUUAAAAAUUAUUUAAAUUUGGGCACUUGUACUUUUUUACCCAGGAGUAUUGGAUGUGUAGGAUUAAAGUAUUAUCAUGUCAUUGAAGACAGAGAUUGAAGACAGUAAUUAAAUGGGUUGCAACAUAGGUAGCAGAAAGCAAAGAUGAAUUUAUAAAUACAAGUACAUUAGCGUUCACUUGUGAUGCCCCUUCUUGGUUACAAACUAGUAAUUUGUUAAAACGAAAAUUCACUUUUAAUUAGAUACUCUGAUCAUUAGCAAUAUGUUACUUCGACCCCAAUACACUACACACUAGACAAGAAUGCUAUGAUAUUUAUACUUAUAGUCUUUUUUACCCUAUUUUUUCUUUUUCUUUUAGACACAACAACGGAGGUAAGUUCAGACCUAGGGCAGUAUUUUAUUUCCGUUUUGACGUUCUUUGAGCGUUCGUGGCCGGAUGAAUGGUUCUACUUUAUUUUUCUCGCUAGGUAUGGCAACUCUAGGCGUGGUAUGUCGAAGAUAUGAUGCCAGUGCAAUGGUCUCACUAAGUGGUCUGUCUUCAUCUUUUGUUACCGCUCAUGAAACUGCUCACAGGUAGAGUGAGAUUUGCAUUAAUGAUACAGACACGUCCAAUUAAGAAGCACUUCUAGCAGCUCUUAUCAAAUCAUUCAUACUCAUUCAUGCAGCGCAGAAAAUUGAAAAAAAAUCAAUGUUUAAUCAAUGUUUGUAAAUCUUGUACAAAAGUUGACAUCGAGGGCUAAAGCGAACUUUGGAGUGGGAAAUUCUUUCACAUUUUGUUUGAGGGUUAUGGAGUAUUUUGUCUAAGGUAAACCCUUCAACGAGUAUUUUGUUUACUGCUAAAUGGAAUGAGGAAUAGUUUUCCAUCUGGAAUACGGAUUUUUUUUUAAAAACAACGCAAAUGUUUACUCUAGGAAUGUGGAUAUUUUAAGCUCCAGAAUUCCCUCUCAUCUUCCGAUGAUCACCUGUCCUUCUUAUCUAUUACUUAAUCAUCACUUUAUGCAUAAAUUUUUCGGCUUACUUUCGCAUAAUAGACCUCACUUUGCAGAGUCUUUUUAACUAUAUAACCUAAGCCCCCCAGCCCCCAUGGUGGCAUGGUGCCCCUCCCCCCCCGCAAGUCAAACAAUUUUGCCUCCCCUCAGUUAACGUCCCUUAGCUUUUCUGUAAAAUAUAAACAUUGGAAGAAAAAUGGAAUAUAGAAGGGAGGUUUGAGUAACUGAACCUUGCUUUGUGAAUCUGAUGUCUUUUUCUUCAAAUGAUUCAAUGUUUUUUUUUUAAUUCUAAACAUUGUGUUGUGAAUACAUACCGUAAUUUAAAAAAUUCUCAGUGGAUAGCAUAUCGCAGAGCCAACAGAUUUCAGUUGUUGAAGGCUAGGCAAAACAAGUUAGUGACCGAGUUGUGGUAUUUACCUAAACAUACCAUGCAAGUAGUUAACUGUUAACCAUCUAGAGUAUAAUGUAACUGUUGUAUAUCCAAAAAUCUGUUUCAGGAAACGCAGAAAAUGCAGUCCUAGGGGUGAAAAAAUACGAACUCGCCCCCCCCCCCCGACCACCCUACGAUACGACACCACACCAAACAUUUCGUCAUCAACAACCAUCUGUCACUUUCACACUCAGUAUAGCAUGGUCCCUUUCUGUAGAUGACCCCCCCCCUCCCCCACUGACAAAUUCUUAAAAAAGGCCCUGGAUUUUAGCUUCGUCUACAAAAGCAUUGCAUGUAUUGUUAAUAUCUUUUAUAAUUCUUUGUCUUUAUGCAUUUUGUUAUGUAUAUUCAAAUAUAAUAAUGUACAUAUAAAGUCAUCAAAGAGAGAUGGAAAAUGUAAACAUCAUGUGACAGUCAUGUAAAUCAUCAUCUGAUGUCUGCAUAGAAACGUUAACUAGUAUUUGACUUGCUGGAUUAACCAAGUUUAAUACUUCCAUCAGUUGUAUACAAUUUCUAAAAAGCAAGCUUGAUAAUAAUAGUGAAUUAAUUCAUUAAUUACAGUCUUGACAAAUGUAACACUUUAGGUAUAUACAUACACAAUGUAGCAUUUUUUACACAAAAUAUAGUCUUGGUUACGGUCAUGAUGGUCAGAAAUAUAGCGCAAACUGUCCUAAUGGUGCUGGUGUGAUGUCAACAUACUUACCCGCUGGUCAGGCAGCUUUUGUUUGGUCAAAGUGUUCAAGAAAAUACGCUACAGAAUUUUUAAAGUAAGUUGACGGAUGGUUGAUUCAUGGAUGACGGGAGAUAUCCUAGUAUAAGAAGAAUAAGAACACUGGCAUUCGUAUAAAGUGGCUUGGUCAUACACAUUAAGAUUUUCAAUAUUUCACUCACACAAUUAAACACACGAUUCGGCCUUUCCCACUAAAAUCAGGUUUAAAAACUAUGUCGAUUAAUGUUUUAUCGAAAACCCACAUAUUGAUUUUCAUGGAAUGGCCAAAAAAGGAACUUUUCGAAAUCGUUACUUUAUUAUUACGCGAAAAACGUUGAACCGCGGCUAUUUUCUGCAUCGGAUUCCGGACAAAAGUGUGGUUAUAGAUAUUCAUACCAUUAUAUUUCCAUGGAAAUGCUUACCCAACACUUUUGGAAUGGUUAUUGAUAACUAACUAAAAUAUGCCAUCGGUCAAGCUGAAAAAUUGCUGUGACUGCGAUGGAAAACGUUGCAAUCUUUGGGUCGAUACUUCAAGUUCGAUUCUCACCGCCAUCAAGCAAAUUUCAGCUUGCUGGGUGUGGCAUCACUCGGAGCAGCGUCAUCUAAAAUACUGUACUUAAAACCAUGAUUUUUAUGUAUCAUUUCUAUGCUUAAAAUCCACAAACUAUAAUAUAUCUAUAGAUCCAAACGAUCCCGUUGUCUUGACAACAUGCCUACAGUCCGAGGACCAACACAAUCACCAUUACUUCGUGCUAAACUGCCUGGUGAAGUUUUUAACGCUGAUAAACAAUGUGAAAUGAUAUUUGGUGCUGGAAGGACACAGUGUACUACUAAAAAGGUAUGUUCCUGCAAAUACUGAUUCUAUUCCGAAAAUCAGAACUCAAGUUGCACACCUAACAAUACGGUUACCUACCAGUCACAAUUUAUUUGCGGAUUGAUUGGGAUUUUCUGUUGGAUGGACUGCACAGAAACCACAGUGCAUGGUGCUGUGAUUGUAUUUCCAUGACAGCGGUUAUUGCAGAGCAAUAGCAAUUGAUCUGAAACUGAUCCAGUGGGAAUUUGAGGUUGUUUUGAAAAGACUUCUGAUCCUCGUUAUUUAUGGUCUAAAUGCAAUCGAUUAUCAGGCUGAGUAUUAAACGUGGGAUUCUGUGCAUGAACUAAGAUGAAAAAUACUUCGAUCUUUUGCGUGAAAGCCUUUCAUCAGGAGAUGAGAGAAAUCACUAUAACCUCCUGACGAAGAAAGUUAACCCUUCGCAAAUCAAAACACUGCUUUAAUAAAAUGUUCUAUAGACAGAUUUUUGUGUACUUUUCAACCAUACAACGUAUUUGUUCUGUGAGCUACCUUGGAAUUUUAAAAUUUUUAUCAGAAAUUCAAAAUUUUUAGCUAUCAGCAUUAAUUUCACAGAUGCCUCAAUAUCUGAUAUUCAUACUUGUGUCUCUCUAUGGUGCUUUCUUCACUAACUGCACAAUUAUUGAAAAAUUGUGCGCUUAUUGGCUCCACUAAAUCAAAACAUGUUUUGUUCACACAUGUUUUGUUAUGUACAACUUUCCAUGCCUAGAACGUUUGUUCAUCUUUGUACUGUACGAGAAGCAAGUCAACAUGUUCCUAUGUUUUAUCUCCGCCUGCGGAUGGAACAAGAUGCGGUGUAAGAAAUGUAAGUAAGAAUACUAUAUUUAUCGACGAAUUAUAGGUUACUGUAUAAAUGUAAUCUAGCUUGGACUUGUCUAGACCUUACGGAUUGAUUACAGUUAUUUACAAUGAGAAAACUGGGACUGCUGUUCACGUUAUCUUUGAGACACCUGUAAAUACAUGCAGAGUGUAUACAAAAAAGGAAUCCAAAUUUAGCAAGUCCGCAUGUUAUAAUUUUAUUUGCUCGUCUAACCCAAUUAAUAGCAAACCCGGGAGAAUUCAUGGAAUUUAUAAUUUAAAGAAAGUUGUUUGUGGGACAUGCUUUUAGGCAAGUGGGAAUUAAAUUCAAUUGAUUAGCAUAUAACUGUGCUAUGACAUGUAUGCAUACAAUCUCAUUAUAAUAAACACGCCCAAUGUGCUUUUCGCACACAAAAGUCGAAGUCUUGCGGUGUUCACAGGACAACCUUAAUCCAAUUUUCUGUAUUUACAAUUACAGCACGUAAUUGUUAUGAACCUGAAAAGAUCACAUGCAUGAAUAUCUUCAUGCAAAUCGAACCAAUAAUGGUCAGAGUAAAAACCUGACGACUGCGCAGUCCUGCGACAUACCAUGCAUGUAUAUCAUAAGGAAUAAUUUUCUAUUUUAAUAAAGUGGUGCAUCCAUGGUGAAUGUGUUGAUGAUGGUUCUCCUGUGAUCGAUGGUAACUGGGGUGAAUGGUCAGACUAUACACCAUGUACCAGAUCCUGUGGUGGUGGUGUUCGACACAGAAUUAGAAAAUGUAACAAUCCAAGGUAAUAUUGGAGCUCUCUGUACAGAAUACAAAAGAAAAACAAUUGGGCAAAGAAAAUUUCACUAACCAGUCAAGAAUUUGUUUACUAAAUAAUUAUAAGUUUACGCAGUCCAGUAAAGAUUGACAGUGUUUUGCGCACUAUUGGCAAAACAGCAGUUGAUAAAGAAAUUAUUGUAUUCAAUUUAGCCCUAGCAAUGGUGGCAUGAAAUGUGCUGGAUCAAGCGUAGGACAGCAUAGAAUUUGCAACGUCAAGGUAACUAUGUGUUUCAUCAUGCACUGAUUAUUGUUAUUUGCUUAACAAAAUUAAUAUCUCUUUCAGAAGAUUAAGUUCAGUGUUGUUAGAAUUAUUUUUCAAUCGUUAAAUCAAAAUUUUACCCUGUCUAUGACAUCAUCGAUACAGACAUAGGCCUACUGUCAGUUUCAAUAAUCAAGAAAACUGAAAUAUCUUGACCUCAAAGACGAAGACAAAUAUUGUGGUAGAAAGUGUAAAGCUUGCAUUACUGUUUUAAUAGUUCGGUUUAAAUAGAUCAACUUAAAUUUAAUUGCAGAUGUCCUCUAUAAAGGAUGAUGAUAAUAAAAUUUCAUGUUUAAAACUGUUAACUGUAAACCCAAUUCAUGCAUCAAUGAUCGGAGAAACCAUGCUCAUGAAAUUUAUGCUUUUUAUCUUUAUCUGUGUAGGCUUGUCCUCGAGGAACUGCAUCAUAUAGAAGAUUUCAAUGUAUGGCGGUUGGAUACUCAUGGUCGUAUUAUAUAUCAAAACAAGGUACGUGAGUUUCAAAUUAAACAGCUUAAACUCCUGAACGGAGGUUGCGAUGUAGAAAUAAAGUCGUAACCUUACAGUCGGUUAUAUGAGUUCCUGUUGGCUUGAAAAAUAUAAAAUUGGGAUUCCAAUGUUUCGAACAAAAGUUUAAAGUGCCGUUUGUAUACGUAUAUAGCUAUGUAAAUCCAAUCCUUUAGCUCGACCCUUAAACGUUUAAUCUUAUAAACGUUUACCCUAAACGUUAUGAUCAACCUUAUACAGAAAGUAAUCUUGACCGUAUUUAUGCAUAAAACACAAUCACUUCGGACUGAUCUUGGCCCAAGGCGAUUUGUACUCGGUUACAAUUAUGGAACACUGCACAGACAAUUUGAAGGAGUCGGAAUGGUACAGUUUAAUCAAAUGUGUAUAUGUCUAGUGGUUGUGGUGUUGAACUCAGGUGUUUUAAAUUUUUUGCUGAUAUGUUCAUGUUUAUAUACUUAGCUAUGUGAUUAUAUAAACAUGUAUGAUCAUGUACUCACAUGCAGCACCAUUACCCCAUGCAAAUGUGCAGUUAAUUAUUUUUCCAAUAAAAUCCCUAUAGCUAAUAUAUACACUUCUUGAGUUCUGACAGUUCAAUAUCCCUGUCAAUAAUAUUACUGUUUCUUUCAGCUUGUUCAUUGUGGUGUAUACGAAACUGGAAAAUCUUCUAUCACGGAAAUGUAAAAGAUGGAACACCUUGUACAAUUGAUCCAUCUAAUCAUGAUGUUUGUGUUGGUGGAAUAUGCCAGGUGCAGUGAUGUAUUUAUGUCUUUGUCUCACGUUUAUUUGCACCAGUGAAACUUGGUAAAAAAAGGUUGUUAAAAUUAACGAAAGUUGACCAAUUGUUAUCAAAAUCGCGUAUUUAACUGUCGUCACAACACUGUCGCAAAUUAAUUUCGUACCCAGGGAUCGCACAAGCAGCUGGCGACAUUUUUAAAAAGACAAACACGGUUCCCCCAAAGGGGACAUUUGUCCGCCCCCCCCCCCCUGAUUGUCGCAAAACUGUUGCCACGCUGUCGUUUUUCUGUUUCAUUAAAACAUAACCGUCACGACACGUUUUAAGCCUGUCGCAACUGUCGUCGAGAUAGAACUCGAGUCUAUCUCGACAACACUGUUGUAACUGUCGUGAACUGUCGCCAACGUGUCGCGACAAGGCGCCUUUCCUUCAUGUUUCCAUUUGGUCGCGAACAAUACUCUGACGACACUUACAACACGUUCGUUUUAUAUAACUGACUAACCUGAAUGUCAGGCCUGUAUUUUCUGAGAGGUGUGCUUGCGCUCCUCUCUCCUGCCUGAUCUUCUCUUUUAGCGUUAGGCAGGAUAAAUAUAGACCUAAAUACAUGAUAAAUACAGAAUAAAUAUAGGUCAUGAGUUGUUAGCCAGAAUCCCGAAUUUGGGUGUCAAGGCAAAAUUUCGGUUAUUGGACAAACGACUUGGUAUUUCAAAACUGAACUGUUGACCAAAACAAGAUUCUUAGAAAACGGUAGACAAUAAUAUGGAAUUUUGAAAUAUGGUAGACUAUUAUAUGGAAAGAUGAAUGAAUUAAUGCAUAUAAAGCUACAACUUUAAUUUUGCCAAUUACAGACAGUGAACAAUGCAUGGAUGUCCAAAAGCUGCUCAAAGUUGUCUUUUUUAAGUGGCCGUCCAAAUUCCAAUCAACAUUGCCUUGACGAAUAAGGCUGGAUGCCUGAAAGGCUAAGAAUAAGACUGUGUUUCAAGGACGGGGUCGGUUACUAAAAGGGAAAAUCGAGCAGGCGAGAGGCGCGCUCGGCGAUAAGGCGAAAAAUAAAUUUUUCGCCUUCUUGCAAGCACACCUCUCGGAAAAUAUAGACUUGACAUUUAGGUUAGUCAGUUGUAUAAAUCUCUUUACUACUUUUUAACUACUGUUUUGUAAUUAAAUAGCAGUCAACACUAAAAUACGCGAUUUUGAUAUUGAUAUGGCCAACUUUCGCACUAAUUGUAGUUAACUUUAACUACCUUUCUUAAUAUCAACCUUUCAAUCACUUGAACAUUGAUUACAUAAUCUUGUUCAUAUUCUCUAUAUUAUUGACAUAUUGGUUUAUUUUAUUUCAGUCUGUUGGUUGUGACACGAUCUUUCAUUCUGAUAGAGAGAACGAUCGUUGUGGUGUUUGUGAUGGUAGUGGUAGUACUUGUACAAAGCGUAAAAUUUAUUAUAAGAAAAAUUUUUGGAAAUUUGGUACGUGUAUUUAGCACACCAAUUUAUAUUUGCUACAUGAGUAUUUCCAAAAAUAAUUAUCUCAAUAGAAAAAUAUAGCUACUUAACUUUGUAGAAAGCUCAUCUUGAAUUUCUGCAUCAUGUUGUGAAGUUAUCCGAAAAAAUCAGAAUUUAUUUUGGACAUAUAUAUAUAAUGUCAUCAACGUAAAAAAAUUGCCAACUUCUGGACAAAAGAUCAAUAAAAGAACGCGGUCUAACAAAUCUCGCAUUUUGAUUAAUAUCAUGAGUACAUUUAUUAUAUUAAUACUGAUUUUUUAAUUGGUCUGUGACUGAAAAUGCGAAAGCUCGCGGCAGCCCAGGUGCAGACGAUUAUACAAGCUAACAAGGACAAACGUCGUGUGAUUACGUCAUUAAUAUAGUUUUUCAGUAGUCUGCAUGGGUGUUACUGUCAUUGUUCCUACUAUGCAAAGGAAUGCUUCGAAAUGGGAUACAAAACCACGCUUCGAAAAUUAGUACACUGGAACGCAUUUUGGUUGAACUAGAACGCAAAUGCAACGCAAGUUAGAAUGUGCUCGGAACGCAAAUGGUAUAGCAAUGUCCAAAGAAGAAUGUGUUCCGCAUGUGGGUUUCGUGGUGUGUUUUUACUGUAUUACUAUAAAGGGUUUUGUCGUACACUUCACACCAGGAUUAACACGAGAACUAUUUUUUAAAGGAACGUCUCGUCCUUUCUCGAUGGUUGUACUUAAGAAGGGUUCGUCAAAUAUUUUUGUAAAAAAGACUGGAGCAACUUGGAACUGGAUCGGUAAGUGUUAUUUAUGAGAUCUUUGUGAUAACAUGAGAAACUUUUCAUUGAACACCUAUGCCUACUCUUUCAUGGUAACUCGUCACCACUCGACGUGAGAUAAUGCAAGUUAACUAUAGGCAAUUCAAAGCGAGUAAAGACGAUCUAAGAGAAACUCAGCCAAUUCAGUUCCGCGAAACUCAGCCAAUUAAGGCGAUGUAAGGCAAGUUUAGAUCACUGAGCAGGCCUGCAAUUUUGAAAUAAAUGUGUUCAUUUAAGAAGUCCAAUUUGAGCGGGCCAGAAUUGAAGAAGGAGGAUAUGCCAUAACUGUAGAUUUACGACUUCUGAGGGGAAUUCGAAUUUUCUAAAAAAGUGGUAUCAACCUUUAUGCCCACAUUUCUAGAAAAUUUGGAAACUAGGAAUGGAAUAAGAUAAUUUUUGGUUUGUAAUUUAAUUGGUUUUGUUUUUCAGGUGUACGAAACAUGGACGGUAAAUAUUUGAUUUCUCUUCCAACAUAUUCAAAGACAGUUUAUAAAGCUGGAACGAAGAUUUCUUACAUUCACAAAUCAAGCAAGUUCAAAGAUGAGAUCAUUAUACCAGGACCAAUACAGGAAAAUCUUGAACUUGUGGUAGGUUAUAACAUCAUUCGUUGAUAGAAUAAGCAGAAUACAUAGCUUGGAGACUUGAUAAAAUCCAUUAUCUAACGGGUGGGGACUAAAAUGGUGGACAAAUUUCAGCACACUGUACAGCUUUUAGUACAAGGCAAACAUUGCCUGUAAAUUUUAAGAAAAAGCUUGUCUUCUCGACUAUCAUACGAUACAUUUGUUGUUAACAGGCUGGAACCAGCACUUUUGGCAAUUCUGGAACCAGCACUUUUGGCCUACAAUGAAUUAACCCAAAUAAUCUUUGAAAUAACGGCCAAAAUGUGCAAUAUAAACAAAACAAUUACGUGAUUUGUGCACUCUCUCGUAUAAUGAAAAUGACUUUUUUGAAGAUUAUUAUCAGUGGCCUAGAGAAGUCCAAUGGACCUGCUACAUCAGCUACAAUGGUAUUUGAUAUAUUUGUAUGACUGUCAUUGACAGGGGAUGUCCUUGAAAUUGCUACUCACAAUGAAUUAAUUAAGGAAAUAUAUUCUUUUCAAAGAUAUCUAUAAGGUGCAUGUUGGUACCAUCAUGUGAGAAUUCUCUUUGACGUUUCGUCUCCAAAUAAUGACUUAAUAUGAACACUGUGGGCACACAAAUAUGUUGUGUAUCUCCACAAUGGUUUCUAUACAUGAAACAUCUUGGUUUUUCAGGCUUGUCCAUAAAUAAGCCUCCUAAAGCAAUUUUGACAUUCCGUAACUAUGAGGUAUAAUGCCAUUUCGUAUGCGUUCUUCGAAUAGAUGUGCCAAACUCAUUUUACAGUGGAUAUUAGAUUGUCCAUUUUUUUAGUCCCGACCCGUUAAGUUUAUCUAGGUUUGUGCAAAAAUGGGAUUAUGCAGAUAAUAUAUCCAGAAGGAAAAAAAAUAGAAAGGUAUUACAAGCUGGUUGGAGUUUGACAUUGAUUGUUUUCUUUUGUAGUUUGUGCGUAUUUAUGAAGCUAACCGUGGAGUACAUAUAAGUUUCUUCGAUCCAGUUAACAAUACCGAAACACCACCUCCAAGUCUUUUUUCUUGGAAAGAAUAUGAAUGGUCAAAAUGUUCUCGGAAUUGUGGUGGAGGUAAGAUAACGCAGGAACAUAUUAUCAAUACUGUAAUUGGAUGUCAACAUUGUCCUUGAUAUCAGUCAUGACAGGAUGUUGACCAAUUCACCUGAGUCAGAGGCUUAUGAUACAUGUACUCGACAACUAAGGCCUGAUGGUUAGGUUUUGGUGAGGGAAGGAAAUCAGAGAACUGGGAGAAAACCCUGGAAGCACAAGAGAGAGAGAGAGUAAGAGAAACAACCAUACUCUACGUUCAUGAGCUUUCGCCUGCAGUGGUAUGCUGCAGGCUUAACUUAGCGGUAAGAGAUAGCGCACUACUGGUAUCCACAUCUGCCACCCAUGCAUGCUCCCCAUAUACUGUAGCUAUAUCAUUAUGUAUAUCGUGAGCAUAAGUUACUAAUGCAUGCAUACUCGUGGAUGAUUAGGUACUUAUAUGCAGACGUGGGUGGCGUGUAGUUUAGGGAUUUGAGUUCGUUGGAUUGAGGUCUGAAUCACGUAUUAAGCACAUACAGCCAUCCUCAAACGUCGCUACAUGAGUGUCAUGGCGCUGCAGAAAACCUCGGAUGUAGCUUGCUAGAAACUGACUACUUUACCAGUUGGCUGUACGUUGUAGAUAGAAAAAAGAGUGCUGUUGCAACGAACGCCAUCCAGUUUAAUAUUUGCAACACAAAUAUACUAUAUAUUCUUCAUUAUUAUAUUCCUCAUUUGAAUGUAAAACUAUUUAUAAUAACUGCUUUUAAAAAUAACCUACAUCUAGUAUUUGAAAUUGCAAAUAAUUACUUAAAUACUUUACUUUAACGGGUAAAGUAAACUUCAAGAAUCAGUUAAGGUGACGCCCAUACAGUGAAUAAUAAUUUUUUAUUUUAUUUUAUAUUUAAACAUAUUUAUUAUACAUUGUAAUUGGUAAAAGCAAUUUGAUUGGCUAAGAGCUUACAGUUAAAUCGCGCAAUCACGCAACCUACACAAAAUUGAGUUAUCUGCUAGCAGAUAACUCAGUUAUCUGCUAGCAGAUAACUGAAUUUUGUGUAGGUUGAAGUCAAAUGAGUGCACAUUUCAAUUUUCAAAUGAAUGUACAUUUCAUAAUUGUAAUGUUUACUUUAACAAGUAAAUAUUUUAAUACGUUAACAUCUUAACGACAAUAUGUUUCUUUUAUAUUUGUAAUUAAUUUAACUGUUGGACUUCCGGAGACUUGUUUAUAGAAACGUUUUACUUGAACAGCUUUGCCAGAAAUCAUAUUGAAUCAUAUAGUAUUAAAAUACUAUGUUUAUUAUUCUUCAAAUGUAUAAUAAAACAAUUAUUGAAUUCGGUUUUUGCGAUAUGCAAAAUUAUCAAGGUCUCGGUAAGCGUUAUCAGCCUCGCCUUCGGCUCGGCUGAUAACGCUUACCUCGACCUUGAUAAUUCCGCAUAUCACAAAAACCUCAUCCAAUAAUUGUUAAUUAUGCGUUUGCCCCAAGAGCGACUAUAAGCUCGUGUCGGACAGUUUGUACGUAAACGUCGAGCCGACUUUACUUAAAAGUAUUAAAGGGAAGAGCAGUGCGCAUUAAAUUGGUGGAAAUAGGAAGAAAUAUGCAUGGUACGUUUUCAAAAUGUGUUAAUGUAUGUUUUGAAAAUUUUGGUUACCGUGCCCCCCCCCCCCCCCCCCCCCCUCCGAAUUUUACGAAGCAAAUUUUCGACCACACCUCUAAUUUCGUUCCUCCCGUACGUCUGUGUGAUCAUAAAUAAUAUGCUUCAUAUUCUUUUUUCAGGAUUCAGGAAAAGGAAAGUAAAAUGCUAUCGUAAGGAUGAUAUGAGUAUUGUCGGAAAAAGGUUUUGUAGUUCAACGUUAAAACCAAAUGAGAAAAAAUUCUGUUAUACUUCAUGUCCUGCUGAGUAAGUAUUGCGCAUGCAUGAAUCUAUCUGAAGUGUUGUUUUGCCCACUAGCAAUUGACUUUAUAAUGCAGUAUAGUUAAGGUUCGAAUUAAUUUUAAUUAUUUGAAAAAGCCUAGAAUAUCUCAAGGUAUAUAAUUGUGUACGUGCAUGUAUGUGGUCCGUAAAAUAUAUACGAUAGAUGUCCUGCCGGACCUGCCCGCUGUAAAAAUCGUCAUCUUUAGUGUAGAUAGCAAUUUCGCCAAUUUGCAAUAUUCACGAGCUUAGAUCCUUUAACCAAACUCGUUAUUAACUUUAAAGACUGUACAACAUUACUGUUCCAUAAUCAAUUUCUUCAGAUUCGCUGCACUUGAAAUUCGAAUUCCAAGCUCGCGUCAAAAUUGAACCUCUCAUUUCUAAACUUUCAUUUCAUUUCAUUUUUAAUAUGAGAUGUAUGAUUCAUUCGCAGUACUUGGUCAGAGAAAUUAUUUCUCUCUUUAGGUGGUUUAUAACACAUUGGAAGCCAUGUUCUAAAAGAUGUGGACGCGGAAUCCAAACAAGAAAGAUCAUUUGUAGAAGAAAGAAAAUGGAUUCUUGGAUUGUCGAAGAUGAUUCGGCAUGUGUUAAACAAAGACCUGUUGUGCCAGUUCUUGCGCGUCAUUGUAAUGAAAUUAUGUGUCCACCUGAGUAUAUACCACUAGCUUGGUCUGAGGUAUAUUUCAUUGUCUUUCAUUCGCUGGUAUUUGCUGGUUAGGUGAACUGUAUUUACUUUUGACCAAUCAUAAAAUGUAACCUAAGAAAUCACGUAUCCACCUGCAGAGUAUUUACCACUAGUUUGGUCUGAGGUGUCUUUCAUUAAUUGGUGGAUUUUAGUAACCGUUACAAGGGGGUGGGGGGUUGUGAGGACUUUUGAAUGUUGACUUCUUUCGCAUGCAAUCUUGAGGCAUUGAUCUUAUAGUAGUUUUCUCAGGUAUUUUCAUUUUUCAAUCCGAUUUCGUUUUUUAAGAGUUAAAACCAUUUUACAAAAUCCGAAGAUUUGACCAUUUCACAGUUUGACUUUUUUACAAGAUGUGCUCAACAUGUGUAGUUCAAACAUUCAUUCAACCUCACUGCAAAAUUUCUGAUAAGUGAUAUCGAUUUGCACAAUUAUGCCUUACAGGUCUUUAAGAAUGCUGUUGGGUGUAGCAACGUAGAGAUAAACAAAAGAUCAACCAAAAGAUCCAAAUGAUUCAGAUCAGGGGAUAGAGAUGUCCAUGUGUUUCCCACUUUCAAGAGUUUAGUCUGGCCCUAUACCAAAUUUCUAUGCCGACAGUUCCUAGUGUUAAGAUUGCUCUAUAUGAUGUCGCUACAUCAUUAUUUUCUCACUUUGAUAACUGCUGGCUGAUCACCACCUGCUGUACCAUUAUAGUGCUUAUUAAGGUAAAACAUGUCCAGCACAAAGGCACAAAGCUAUAUGAUUAGGGAAUAAAAAAGUGCAGCAUAUAUAAGCCUUAUAAAGAAUAAGACAAGGCGAAGAAAAUGAUUUUUUCUGCUAUAUCUUUGCAAACUUUAGAGUGAAUGUUUUCCUUUAUUUCUUUUGUAUAACUGUAAAUUUCAAGGAGUUGAAUCAACUCCAAAAGUGUUAUUUUGUCGGUAUUAAAUUAAAAUCUGAUGUGAAACAAGCCUUAAUAUACAGGUACUAUACCAUUAAAACGAUUAUAAUGUUUUCUCAACCAGUGUUCGACAUCAUGUGAUGAAGGUGUGUCCACCAGAAAACUGAAGUGCCAAAUCGUCAAUAAGAAAGGAAUUAGUAAAUAUGUCCCAAUGAGAGUUUGUGAACAAAAUGGCUCACCAGAACCACAAACCACACGAAGAUGUAAUCAUGAUAUACCAUGUAAAGGUAGGCUUUUUGUAGAUAAUCAGAUGAGAGAAUUACGAACAAAGCAACCGUCGAAGAUGACGGCAUCAUUUUAUCAAUUCCAUGAAAUUCAUGACAUUGCGCAAGUUAAUAACGUCUUGUAUACCAUAUUAUAACAUUUCAAGCCGAAAACGUAGUCUUGAUUAGAACUACUAGUAAAUGGUUAAUAUAAAUAAAAGUAAUUUAUAAUAGUUUUGUUUGUGGAAACACCACGUAAAUUUAUUACUGCAGUAAUAAAUUUACGUGGUCAGUUUCCACAAACAAAACUAUUAUAUGUUUUAUCGCCAUGCAAACAUACAAAGAACUUGUUAAAAGUAAUUUAGUUAAAUCGUUAAUCUCGAACGAUCAGUGUCAGUUAAAUGGUUAGGAAAAGCAACGGUUAGUUGUGUUUGAAAGCCUCGAAUUCGUCCUGUUUCAGUUAUGCUUCGUCACGUGUGCUAGAGAGGCCAAAACAUGCAAAUGUGAGUACGGUUCGAAUUCUUUCGCGCACAAUCGGCGCAAACAGACCGUUAACAUGUUUAUUUGGCUUUUGGCCCCUUCAUGUUUAUACUCCAAAACCUGUACUGCAUGGUGCACCUUUUCCACAAUCCUUAUCAUUCUUUUUAUCCACACAUUAGACAAAGCUUUGAAUUAUGUUUGGAUUGGAUGUUUUCUUGACUCAAAAUACCCAACAUCACGACUUCUACCUGUAGUACUUGAAAAUCUUCGUCGAAAGAUUGACUGGUACAAUCCCUCAGCAACAAUCGAUGAAUGUGCGAUACUUGCAUCAAAGAAAGGAAAAGAAUAUUUUGCUAUCCAGUAUUAUGGUGAAUGUCGCACGUAUAAAGAUGGAAAUCGUCUAGACUACACCACGCUUGGUAUUUCGCACAAUUUUUGGGCCGGUUUAGGAGGUUCUUGGACAAACUGUGUUUACAAGUUUCAGUAA